UGGAACGUUACUGUUCACGAACGUCAAAGAAUGUUUUGCCACUGAGACCAAUUUUGCCACGUGAGACCAACGAUGUGGAUCUGUCCAUAUUCAAAGGAUCGUCAAAUUCGAACUUUUCACCGCGUUACGUUCCGGCUGCCGAGAAACGUGAACUGCAGUCGACAAAACUACAAGGGAAACGACCGUUUAUUGACUGUGCGCACGACGAGACUGUCUUCAAACGACCGCAUAAUGCAGAAACUGUUGUGGUGGAGGCGUCUGGUUCGGUUUUUCUU